AUGGCAGCGGGGAGCCUCCGCCCAUCAGCAUUCCUCUCCGCCAUUCAAUCGCAUGACCCCGAUAGCAUCGCGGUAGUGCACUCAAUCUCCGGGAGGCAGUUCACAUAUGGCGCGUUGCUACACGACAUCGUGGCUGCGAAGCAGAAGGUUUUGUCCGCCAUUGGUAGGAAAGAGAACGAACUUGCUGGGGAACGCGUAGCUUUCUUGGUCGAGAAUAGCUAUGAUUAUGUAGUCACACUCUUGAUGCUCAUGGCAUCCGAUGCGAUCGCUGUUCCUUUGGCGCCUGCGUUUCCUGCGGAAGAGAUGCGAUACCAGAUCAACCAAAGUGGAGCACUGGCAUUAUUGUACUCUGACAAGUUUGCCAAAAUCGGGGCUGCUGUGCUACAACAAGGAUUGGACAACAAUCCCACAGGCGUGAAACUGGACAAACUCAUGCCUCGCGAAACGCAACCGGCAGAGCAGAUCAAAUUUCUGUCAUCAAGCGAGGAGGCUUUGGGUGGCAUGAUGCUCUACACUUCUGGCACGACUGCGAAGCCGAAAGGCGUCCUUCUUCCACAAUCAGCACUCGAGGCGCAAAGUAAGAGCUUGGCGGAGGCCUGGAAUUAUUCGCCCAAGGAUCGCUUAUUGCACGUUCUUCCGCUACAUCACAUCCACGGUACUGUCAAUGCGCUCUUGACACCUUUGCUUGCUGGCAGCACGAUCGAGUUCAUGUUUCCUUUCAAUGUCGACAAAGUCUGGAGCCGACUGUCGACGCCCUUCCUCCCUUCCUCACCAGAGCAGCAGCAGCAGCAUCAGCAGCAACCGAUUACAUUCUUUACCGUUGUACCAACCAUCUGGUCGCGAAUGCUCCAGACGGCCGACAAGCUGCCCGAGGAGUCCCGCAAGGCGGCUUUUGAGGCUAUCCAACGCAAGCAUCUUCGACUCAAUAUCUCCGGCUCGGCCGCACUACCAACACCGACAAAGGCCGCUUGGACUGAGCUGAGCCAAGGCAAUAUUCUACUUGAGCGAUAUGGCAUGACGGAGGUUGGCAUGGCACUUUCCUGCGGUCUCUCCGAUAGCGAUCGGGUGGAUGGCUCAGUCGGCUGGCCGCUUCCUUCAGUACAGGCUCGUUUGGUCAACACAGACACGGGUGAUAUAAUCCCGGAAACUUCCCUCGGCGAAGAGCAUGCCGGAGAGAUUCAACUGCACGGGCCUACGAUCUUCAAAGAAUAUUUCCAGAAUCCCGAGGCUACGAAGAAGGAAUUCACCGAAGACGGGUGGUUCAAGACAGGCGAUAUCGCGUUUCGCCAGAAUGUUGAUGGUGCAGGAAGCGGAGCGAGCGGCGCAUGGGCCACAGGUCCAGCUUGGUUCAUCCAAGGUCGCAAAUCUGCGGACAUCAUCAAGACGGGUGGAGAGAAGAUUUCCGCACUCGAGAUCGAACGACAGCUCCUCUCUUUGCCAGAGGUCAGCGAGUGUGCUGUCGUCGGCCUACCGUCCGAAGCCUGGGGACAAAAGGCCGCUGCGAUUGUUGUGCUUACAGAGCAGGGCAAGACAGCCGGCAAGGGUGGCAAGCAAUGGAGUGCUCUCGACAUGCGUCGCGCGUUGAAAGAGAGGCUUGCGGCUUACAAGAUUCCUCAAGAUAUGGAAGUUGUGCAGGAACUGCCGCGAAAUGCCAUGGGCAAGAUCAACAAGAAAGACCUGAUCAGCAAGGUCUUUGGAGAUCCGACCAAGAUUCGAAGAAGGAGUAUCGAAGUGAAGGAGCAGAGAGAAGCAGCCAAGAACCAGUCUGGCGCGCAGUCAUAA